AUCAUAUGUUGUCCAUUAUAUAAAGCCAUAGGCUCAUGACGGCGGAGCGACUGCUCCCUGCCUGAUAUCAUGGCCUCCUCUUCACGUAAGACCCCUCAAUUAGAGACACCAACGCCGACAGACCGUCCUAAACUUAAUACAACGAGAACCACCGCCCAUCGUCUACCACCUCCUGCUCUAUUCCAAGGGCCAACAUCCAAGAAUGCGUCUCAUAUCUCCCUUGCUCUUCCCUCAGACCGAAAUUCUGGCGGUCCAGGCGCAGAGCAAGAUGCUCAGCAUCGACUCCCACGACCAUCUCGAGUCCCACCAGCAUCAUCGUUCUCUGGUCCUGCGCUCCGGCAACCUGCGGCCGAAGCCGAUGAUCACCGAGCAGAGAGCCUAUGGGCUGAGAUGCAGAAGACUCUUGCCGAUGUUGAAGCGUCAGCGAUGAAUACUUCACACGUGUUUGGAGCCGCUCAUGCAAAAGCUUUGUCGGACUUGCGGACCGCCCAGCUUUCGCUCGCGCAGGCUUGGGCCAAAAGUGAAGCGGACGAAUUACAUGAGCAUGAGCCAGAUACUGAUACCGUCGGUGCGCUUGACACUAAGUCAACUCCUGGAAAGGUGAAAAAGGCGGUGGCCGAAGGCAAUGUCAACGCAUUCGACUCGAACAAGACCCUGGAGGAAGAGACAGAGCGGGACAUUGAAUUAGCCCGGAAACGAAGACAAGCAAAUGAUCGUUAUUUUCAAAAGAUCAAUUACGGGGUGCUUGAUGUGGUGAGCAAGUUGGACGAGGUUGCCGGAGCCAUGCGCCGCGUCGAACGAGAAUCCCGAGAGAUCUGGGAUGAAUCUAGCGAUGAGGAUAUCGUAAGCAGCGAGAGUGGCUCUGUUACAGAUCACACCGGGGUCACUGAUAGCCCCAUGAGCGUGAAGAAAGAUCGCUGA